UGGUCAAGUCUUUUGUCAGUUUUCAAAUGACUGGCUGCUCUAAGUGGUACGUAGCCAUCUCUCUCUUCCUCAUACGUUUUUGUUUAGGGGGAGGGGAUAGGGGAGUGAACGACUUCCUAGCAGCUGUUGUUCAUCUCACAAUAGUGCCGCCUCUCAAGCCCCUCUAUGUGUGACUGUGCAUGUUAGAGUUGAGUUGUAAAACUGAGCUCAGCGUUGCUCGAGUCCAACUUUCAUCGCUUGACAGAAGUUUCCCUUCAGAGAACUUCCGUGGUGCAUGAGAUUCCGGGUGCGAAAACCUCAAAUCAAAAUUUACGGAUUCUACCAAGUUGUUGGUCUUGAGAAGCACAAUUUCAACUAAACAGUGUUGAUCAAAUCCCCCAUGUCCUUACAAGGCGACCAGGUGUUUAGCAAUUUGGGAGCAAGGAAAGUGUUGCGAUGAUGGUCCAGCUUCCCCGGAGACUGCUGUUAUGUUUCAUAGCUUUGGUGGGAAUCGGAUCGUUGGCAUUAUUUGUAGUGUGCAUGGCACUGCAGAUCCAAAUGCCAUGGGAAAAAGCUACCAGGUUCCACAUAAAACACUACAGGUUUUAUUACAAUGGAAACGACAUCCACAACAGUUUGGAAUAUAAACUGUCAUCUAUAAACGAACAGGCCAUUACUGAAGAUCAACUGUCUUCUGAAAAUGAAGUGAACAAUAUUGAAGAUUCAAAGCAGAAUUUUAUCGAUCAAUUUUCUUUAGAAAAUGAAGUGAACAAUGAAGACUUAAAGCAGAAUUUGGUCGAUCAACUGUCUUCAGAAAAUGAACAAAAAAAUACUGAAGAACUAAAGCAGAAUUCAGUCGAUAAACCAUCUUCUGACAAUAAACCGGACAUUACUGAAGAUCAAGAGCGGAAUUCAGUCGAUCAAUCAGAUCUUCGAGAUCCAUCAAACCCAAAAUACACACAACCUCACAUUACAAAUCUAAACACAAGCACUUCCAGGACAGUGCCAGAAAAUAGGACAGAAAUAGUCAUCCCAGUAAAAGCCACUGUUGCAGACUUUUUUGGUGACAAGUAUGCUGUGGAUGAUGUUCCUUCACAAACAGACUGUCCAAACAAUAUCAGAAAGCGUGUACCUCAGAGCAACUUCUCUGAGACGUUUCUACAAACAAUUCCAGUCCUGCAGUGGGCAAAGCAUUUUACUCCAGAAGAGUACCAGCGACUGGGACGUUAUAGUGGAGCUCAUGGCUGGGGAGGUGUUUCUGUCGAUGUGUUAAACAGCUCACUGGGGAUUUUAAACACAUCCGCAAAUCGGUUAAUGUUUGACGACUGGGAGCAAAGGAAAAGCAGAUCGCAGUGCAUCCGCUGUGCCGUGGUGGGAAACGGAGGAAUACUGAAUGGAUCAAAAAAAGGCAAAGAGAUUGAUGAGCAUGAUUAUGUGUUCAGGGUGAAUGGUGCGAUUUUAAAGGGGUUUGAGGAGGAUGUGGGAUCUCGAACAUCUUUUUAUACAUUCUCAACAAACACCAUGCGAAACUCCAUGCGUAGUUAUGCUGGCUUGGGCUACCGGGGACCACCAGUAUCCAAGGAGACCAGAUACAUUUUUUUGCCAGAUCACGACCGAGACUACAUUCUUAUGAGAGCGGCCGCCACACAUACUGUCAUUGAAAAAGGCCCUGAGCGCAGCAAAACACCACCUAAAUACUUUGGUGAAAAUGUGACGGUGAAAAACUUCAAAAUGUACCAUCCGGAUUUUGUCCGUUAUCUUAGAAACAGGUUCUUGCAUUCAAGCCUUUUGAAAACGGGUGCAAGAAAGAUUUACAGACCAUCCACAGGAGCGGUGAUGCUGCUGGCUGCUCUUCAUACGUGUGAUGAGGUUGAUGCUUACGGGUUCAUGACUCCAAACUGGACUUUAUUCUCGGACCACUACUAUGACAAAAAGUCAAAGCCUGUGCGUUUUUAUGCCAAUCAUGACAUGCGUAUGGAGAUGAGGUUGUGGAAGCAGUUGCAUGAAGCCGGACUGAUAAAUCUCUUCACGCGUAAUUGAGAACGCUCUGUACAAGGUGUUUAUUUAAACUAAGGAUGGCAUUUGGCCACAGGAUAAACUUCUUGUUCUUCUUUUCAAACCUUUAUUUGGGAUUUCUGCUUCAAAAGGUGAAGAUCAGACAUUGUUUAGUUGUUGCAAACAGAAGCAACAAAGGAGCACUUUGUUGCCGACCUUCUGAAUAAUGGUUCAGAUUAAUGGGCUGACUAAUGCGUCAUAGGGAGAGGAGCUGAAAACAAGGUUAGAUAUUGGAAUAACUAACCCACUCAUACAUCUGCUUGUCCACAAACGUUGAGUCAUUGCAGAUGGAGGUGGGGCAGAAUGGAGUCUAUCUGGUCUACAUAACUGUAAUACAUUUAUGUGCCUUAUCUCAGUAAAAAUCUAUGUGAAAGACACAGAAUCAACCAAAGAGGUUAUUUUAAAAAGAUUUUUUAUAAGAUCAUCAUUUUUAUUGUGGUAUAUGAAUGUAAGCAUUUGUAGAUGGUCUGUCCAUAAUUUCCUUGUUGCAUUGCGGGGAGAUCUAGGGUUUUCUGUUUUAAGGAGGACUCAAGGGGCUUGCACAAAGGACGCGUAGCUCAGCGCCGUGCCGUUUUAAAAAAAUUUGAACACAUUGCUUUCUAUGAGUAUACUCACACACCGGCGCAGACAGGUGGCGCCGCCCAGCUACAACUCAGGAAGUUGCUCAAAUCCCUGUCGCGCCACUCACAUAGUUUAACAUUAAAUAACAUCAUAUUUGUCCCUAAUCAUUAACGAUUAACAGUGGCUGCUAAUGUAUAUUUUGCAUUUUGAAGUAGACGCUAUCUGACGAAGCUCACGCUAUUUAAUGUGCACUUCCGGUUUACCUCUGAGUUGUCCUAGACGCGACGCUGAGCUGCGUGGCCGGUGUGCGACCCCCUUUAGACUAUUUAAGCUUUAAAGUGCAAUAUCCUAUAUUCAUUACACAAGCUGUUUGAAUUGAAAUAUGAAUUGUUUUGAUCUGUUUUGCUUGGUUUGGUUACACUGUAAAAAAUGUUGCACCCCUAAAUUGUUUAUUAUAAUUAAAUUGGCUUUAUUACUGUAAAAAAAGUGAAAGUCAUUUCAACAUCUUUUUUUUGGCCAGUAAAGAAUUAAUAUAACUUUUACGGUGGCCUCAAGGUGCAAAUAUAAAUUACAAUGGUAAAUUACUUAUUUACAAGAUUAAAAACAAAUUUACAAGGUUUUUUAAACAAAUUUACACGGUUUUUUAACAAAUUUACAAUGAGUGAACAAAUGUACAAGUUUUUGUAACAAAUUUACAAUGAGCGAACAAAUUACAAGUUUUAAAACAAAUUUACGUUUAUUACGGAAAGGGUAGGUACAAUACGCUGACGUCACGCAUCCGAGCCUCCAGUGGAAAGAAACCCGGAAGUAUCGCUGUGAAUCACAUGAGAGUUGUUAAUGCGAUGUUGUGUAUUAGGCUGUACAUCCUAUUAACAAAAAGGGAGUGAUAAUAUAUAACCUUUAAUCGCUUUCGAAGUGACUUAAAGAGAUAUUGGACCUUAUUUUCAGGUAAGUGAAAUAGUUUUAGUUAGCUAACGGUAGCUUUCCAAGUUGCACACGUUUUUGAUGGCAGUAAUCAAAAUAAUUAACUGACUCUCUCAUUACAUUACAGACAACACGAGAGGGUGCUUCAAAUUUUUUAAUCAGGACAGCAUUGUUCGUUUGCUUCUGGGGUUACAUAGACUGAAACGGGGAAGCGUGAUGAGUUUGUUUACAUGGUGCUGUAACGUAAAUUUGUUUUAAAACUUGUAAUUUUAUUUACUCAUUGUAAAUUUGUAAAAAACUUGUUAUUUUGUUCCCUCAUUGUAAAUUUGUUUAAACACUUGUAAAUUUGUUCACUCAUUGUAAAUUUGUUAAAAACUUGUACUUUUGUUCGCUCAUUGUAAAUUUGUUUAAACACUUGUAAAUUUGUUAAAAAAAUGUACAUUUAUUCACUCAUUGUGAAUUUGUUAAAAAACUUGUAAAUUUGUUAAAAAACUUGUCAACUCAUAUCAACUUAUCUUACUGAGUUACAGCAACUGGUCAAAAUGUGAAACAGUAAGUUAUAAUGACUUUAAAGGCCAAUUUGAUUGUACUUAAAAAUGUAAGGCGACAAAAUAGUUUUUUAUACAGUGUCUCAUACUAUCUUUUGACUGUAACUGACUUCAACACUUUACUACCAAAUCAUUUUUAAACUAUUACUUCUGGUUGCUUUUAACAGGUUUAGGGAUUUAACUUUUUCACUUUUAUAUGAAGGAGUAAAUCAUUUUUGGUAACGGAUACAAAAUCACAAAUAAUCAGACAACAAAUGAAAGACGACACUGAACAUGACAGUGUGGUGUAUUUAAAGUUGUAUUUAAAAAUAAAUCUUUUGAAGAUGUGUUGUUGAUUUAUAAAA